AUGGCGUCCUGGUUCUCAUGGCGUCCUGCUUCUCAUGGCGUCCUGGUUCUCAUGGCGUCGUGGUUCUCAUGGCGUCCUGGUUCUCAUGGCGUCCUGGUUCUCAUGGCGUCCUGCUUCUCAUGGCGUCCUGCUUCUCAUGGCGUCCUGCUUCUCAUGGCGUCCUGCUUCUCAUGGCGUCCUGCUUCUCAUGGCCUCCUGCUUCUCAUGGCCUCCUGCUUCUCAUGGCCUCCUGCUUCUCAUGGCGUCCUGGUUCUCAUGGCAUCCUGGUUCUCAUGGCGUCCUGGUUCUCAUGGCGUCCUGGUUCUCAUGGCCUCCUGGUUCUCAUGGCGUCCUGGUUCUCAUGGCGUCCUGCUUCUCAUGGCGUCCUGGUUCUCAUGGUGUCCUGGUUCUCAUGGCGUCCUGGUUCUCAUGGCAUCGUGCUUCUCAUGGCAUCCUGGUUCUCAUGGCAUCGUGCUUCUCAUGGCAUCCUGGUUCUCAUGGCAUCCUGGUUCUCAUGGCAUCCUGGUUCUCAUGGCGUCCACACUGCGCCACCUGCCUGUGCUCACCAGGGACGUCCAGCCCAUAUACCAAGACUGCGACCAUCCCAGCCGAGCCCUCUGGCAGUCGCUGCGGCGCCGCCAUCUGCUGCACCCCUCCGGCAUCCCUCUCUUCAGCCCCGACUGGACCUACCGCAGCCACCGCCCUCUCUCCCCCGCCGAGGCUCGCUCCUUCCCCUCCGACUGGGUGGUCGUGCUGGCCAAGCGGCCGAAGUCGAGGCCGCGGGCUAUGGCGAAUUUUGAAGAGGUGGAGGAGGAGGUGGUGAGGCGGUUUGGGUGUGAGAGAGUGGUGGUGUUCAACGGAUCGCUGCCGAUUCUGCAAGGUGGGUGUUCGUGCCCUCUUUUCACAAGCACUCCGCUACACGGGGCACGGGGUGGGUCUCACCAGCAUGAUUAUCAUCCAUAA